GGCUCGCAGCUGUCUAGCGAUCGUCAGCCGGGCACUCCGGUCACAGCUGAGCGCGAGCGCUCGGGCGAGUAGCCUCGGUGCCAUGUCGCAGAGUGGGGUUCCCGGGCUGCAGGAGGAGAACCUGCAGGGCUCCUGGGUAGAGCUGCACUUCAGCAAUAACGGGAAUGGGAGCAGUGUUCCAGCCUCAGUUUCUAUUUAUAAUGGUGACAUGGAAAAAAUACUGCUGGAUGCCCAGCAUGAAUCUGGACGGAGCAGCUCCAAGAGUUCCCACUGUGACAGCCCCCCUCGCUCACAAAUGCCACAAGAUAUUAACAGAGCUUCUGAAACGGAUACACAUAGCAUUGGAGAGAAGAACAGCUCUCAGUCUGAGGAGGAUUAUAUUGAGAGAAGGAAAGAAGUUGAAAGCAUCUUGAAGAAAAACUCAGAUUGGAUAUGGGAUUGGUUAAGUUAGCCAGAAAACAUUCCCCCAAAGGAGUUCCUGUUCAAGCACCCAAAGCGAACAGCUACACUCAGCAUGAGAAACACGAGUGUCAUGAAGAAAGGGGGCAUUUUCUCAGCAGAAUUUCUCAAGGUCUUUCUUCCAUCUCUGCUGCUGUCUCAUCUGCUAGCCACUGGAUUGGGGAUCUACAUUGGAAGGCAUCUGACAACCUCCACCAGAACUUUUUGAUAAAGAACUGGAUGCAACUUGGCUGACUGGGGAUUUGAAUCUGAGCUUGGACGGCUGACCUGAAGAGCUUUUGUGGUCGCUGAGUGGCUGCACUACUUGUUUGUUCUGUACAUGGUGUUUUUCUGAUUAGUAAAAGAAUAGACACUAAAAUCACGCUGAUCUAUAAUUAUAUCUAUGGGAUCAAUUAAAAAGCAUGACAGACUAAUAUCUAUCGUAAGAAUUUAGUAGUAAAUUUUCUUUGCAUAUUAGUUAUAAAUAGUAUAAAUAAUUUUAGUGUACUAAUAAUGAUGUAUGUAGUAUUUAAAAAUGUCUAACCUCAAUUCAGUUAAAGCACUAUUUCAGAGAAUGAACAUUGACAUUAAAAUCACUGCAUUGCCAGGCAGGGUGGCACACAUGCAUAAUCCCAGCACUUGGGAGGCUGAGGCAGGAGGACUGCCGUGGGUUUGAGUCCAGCCUGACUACAGUGAGAUCCUGUCUCAAAGUAACCAAAUAAAAAACUAAAGGGUUUUUCCCCAAAAGAAAUAUGGCCUUAUAAUGACAGUACUGCAGAACGUUUAAUGUAGGGGGUGAGGUUGUCUGUAAAGACCACAUCACCAUAUAAAUUGUCCUUGGGGAGGAGAAAACAAGGUGCAAUCACAAGCUCCCCGAGUCGUGCACUGAGCUGCUGCUUUCCAGAGGAGCUCGGGGAGUGACCUUGGGUAUGGGGAGUGACCUUGGGUGUGGGGAGUGACCUUGGGUUUUCUGACAAAGGCAUUUAUUCAGGAUCUUUUACCCUUUCUUACUCUGAAUUGCUGGAUUUAAUCUUAUUGUUGUGCUCAACUUUUGUGUGCUCUUAAAAUUGCAAGCAAAUCUAUCUACUUUAGGGGAUUGCAAAUAGGAAAAACAAAGUAUUGACAAAUCCUUUGGAGAUUAUCCUAAUUGCAUAGGGUUAAAGAUCAAUUAAUUAUGAAAGUUUCUUGGUCAAACCUGCCCUAUUCUCCAUUGUGUCAUUCUUUAUCUUUUCUACAGCAUGAUUUUUAGAAAGGCUGUAUCUUUGAUACGCUCUGUAUAUUAUACUGUAUUGUUUCACCUUUCUAUCCUUAAUUUAGGUGUGUUAAAAUAAAUGUAACAUUUUAA